UUUUUUCUCCCACUCUUUUCUAGUUUUGUUUCUUUCCAUUCACUCUUUUUUUUUUUUUCUUAUCUUGUUUAUACAGAUAUAUCCACACGACUUAUAUUGAUGUCACAACAAAUAUAUAAAGCUACUUAUUCUGGUGUCCCUGUUUAUGAACUCUCUUGCAAUGGUGUGGCAGUUAUGCGCAGAAAAAACGACUCCUAUAUGAAUGCUACUCAAAUCCUUAAAGUAGCUGAUUUUGAUAAACCUCAACGAACGCGUAUUCUCGAAAGAGAAGUCCAAGUAGGAGACCAUGAAAAAAUACAAGGUGGUUAUGGAAAAUAUCAAGGCACUUGGGUACCAUUGGAAAGGGCAGCUCAUUUGGCGAAACAUUAUAAUGUCGAUAACUUGAUACAACCAUUAUUAGAAUUUGUGAAAGGCGAAGAAUCACCACCAUUGGCACCAAAACAUGUUACAGCUGCAUCUGCUAAACCAAAGAAACAACGUGAACAACGAGUACGAAAGAAAAGAAGACAUGUUGAUGACGAUAUCUCGGAUAUAAUUGACGACUCUGGACUUACUGUUGAAGACGAAGUUUCAAGUUAUGCACGUACUCCUUCACCACGACGACCUACCCGGCGUGCUGCUGCGACUAUUGCCUCUAGUGCUUUGGAAUCUGAUUUUGAUGCUUCUUCUGAAAAUGAUAAUGAUCUUCCUUCCAAAACAACACGACAUUCUCGACAUAAACGAACCAAGAUGGAUGACCAACAGGAUUAUAUGGAUGUGGAUAUUGAAAAUAAUUCAACAAACAAUAAAAUGACAGAAAAGGCAGCUCCCUCUACAAAAUCAAAACAACCAUCUAGUAAAAGUUCUCGUACACAAUCAGCAAAAGUAGUUUCCAAUUCUGCAUCAUCAUCUCCCACCUUAUCAUCAUCUGCAUCCUCACCACCUUCCAUUGAUCGUACACCAUUGACGAAACACAAGACAAAAAAGGAGGUAGAACAUGAACGGACUUAUGCACACAAGUUACUUUUACAUUUCCUCUCUGAAAAUGAAGAAAUCCCGUCAUUAUUACAAAGACCACCACGCGAUCUUGAUAUCAAUGUGAUUAUUGAUGAGGAAGGCCACACUUGUCUCCAUUGGGCUGCCGUUAUGGGUAGGAUUUCAACAGUACAACGAUUGAUCAAACUUGGUGCGGAUGUUUAUCGGGUCAAUUACAAGGGACAAACAGCACUGAUGCGCAGCGUAUUAUACACCAACAACUAUGAACAAAAGACAUUUGAUCAACUAUUGGACUUACUCUCAAGUACGACCUUCAACAUUGACAAAAGUGAUCAAACUGUAUUUCAUCAUGUGGCAACAACAGCAAAUGGCAAAGGGAAAAUACACGCUUCUCAAUACUAUAUGGAAAACCUCAUCAGCAAGUUAGUUCAUAGUCGAUCAGAACUUAUCUCAAUAUUGAAUGUACAAGAUGUGUGUGGUGAUACAGCACUGACUAUUGCUUCUCGUAUUGGCAACAAGAAAUUGGUCCGACUAUUGAUUGAUGCAGGAGCCAGUACAGAAAUUGCAAACGAAGAAGGCAUGACAGCACAAGAUUAUCUAGCAGCUUUGGAUCAGCACUUGAUGGAAAAGGGUGGUAGUAGUAACAGUCUUGAAGGAAAUUUAUCAGCUUCACCAACGUUAUCACUUUAUCAAAGCGAAGAAAUGACUCGGGAACAAUUACGACAAAAAGUGGAUAGUAUGUACAAGACGAUGUUAUCAGGUACAGUGACAUCACCUUCCAUAUCACAUUGGGUCGAUGAUCUUGCUGCAAGCUAUGAAAGGGAUUUGUUACAAAAGGAACACGCCAUUAGGGAAAAACAAAAGGAAAUACAAAUGAUUACUAAACGACUAGAAGAUACGGAUAAAGCAAUGAAGUUACUAGGUGAUGAUGAUCGACAAGAAGAAAUACAAAUGGUUUUGGAACGUGGUGAAAAACUUAUUUUGGAAUUACGACGGCUAUUAUUAUACACCCAACAAGUUAGACUGGGACAAUGGAUCAAGGAAAAUGAAAAUACAGGCAUGAUUGAAAAGAUAGAUCAAGAUAUCACUAUGGAAACACCAUCAUCAUCAUCAUUGUCAUCAUCACAACAUACUGAAGUCGACAUAUCAGCAGGAGAAACAACGACAGAAGAUACAACAGUAUAUGGACCCAUUAACAAACCACCAACUCCACCUAUCAUUGUUACUGGAAACAAAUCAGAUACACGAAAGCAAGAUUUAUCAAGUAGAGAGAAGAUACAGGAAGAUCAAGAUAUUUUGGCCAAGAAACUCACUCAACUACAACAAUCGCGACAACAACUGAUGGACGAUAUUAUCAGUCAACGUACAAGUAUUCCAGAAAAACGUAUCCAAAAUUACAAACGACUGAUAUCUAUGUGCUGCAAUAUUGCUUAUGAAAAUGUUGACUCAAUGUUGGCUCCCAUUCUAGCAUCCUUUGAUGAAGCAGGUACUUUGAAGAAAAAAUCAUCACCCACUACUUCCUAGUUUGUAGCUUUUUUUUUUAUUAUUACCUUUGUAUAUCGUUUUCCAUUUUAUAUCCCGUUAGUAUUAGUAUUAUUCUUUCUUUUAUUUUUGAAAUUGUUUUAUAUUUUUAU